AAAGAGAUUUCUCAGGUAUCAUAAAGUUCUGACGUGUCAACUCGGCCCGCUUCUGCUUCGCUCUUCGGGUGCUACAGUUUGUGUUUUCUCCUAGUGUUGAUCACAUAUCGUUCUCUCCUCCAACAUGUCUCGUGAUACAUCAAAGAUCAUUCUUUUCGACGUUGAUGGAACUCUUACUGCCGCUCGGAAAGUUAUCGAGCCGGAUAUGGUUGAGUUUUUGGAGAAACUGAAGCAAAGAUAUACUGUUGGACUGGUGGGAGGUUCAGAUCUGCCUAAGAUUACAGAGCAGAUGGAUGGCGUAGAGAGAAUCAAUAUGUUUGAUUUCGUCUUUGCUGAGAAUGGGCUUGUUGCGUUAGCUAAAGGAGAAAACAUUGCCACACAGAGCAUUCAAAAGUUCAUGGGAGAAGAUAAGAUGCAGGAACUGAUCAACUUCUGUCUCAAAUAUCUGUCUGGUGUUAAAUUACCCCUCAAAAGAGGAACCUUCAUUGAAUUCAGGAAUGGCAUGAUCAAUAUAUGCCCAAUCGGGAGGAGUUGCAGUUACCCGGAGAGGGGGGAGUUCAGCGAGUUUGACAAGCUCCAUGGAGUGAGGGAAAAGAUGGUUGAAGCCCUUCGCAACGAGUUCACAAAAGACGGUCUGGUAUUCUCGAUAGGAGGGCAGAUAAGCAUAGAUGCAUUUCCAAAAGGAUGGGACAAGACUUAUUGCCUCAACUUCUUGGAGAAAGACUUUAAAGAAAUCUAUUUCUUUGGGGACAAGACGUACAAGGGAGGCAAUGAUCAUGAGAUCUUCGAAGACUCAAGAACAAAAGGAUACACAGUAACGAGUCCGGAGGAUACCAAGAAACAAGUCUGUCAGCUGUUUGAUAUAGAAUAAAUGUCUUCUGCAACUAUUAUAAUGUUGCAUACUAAUAAUUUAACAUAUUUUUAUAAGGUUUUAGUGCUUGUUUGUACAUUCCGUUUGAUUCAGUAUUGAAUUAGGUUUUUAUAGGGUAAUAGAACAAUAAAAGCAGAACAAUCAGAUAGGGUGAAAACUUUACCGAAAUCUGAUGGGUUUAUAAAAGAAGGUUAUGAUUUUAGGAAGUUGUAAUUACAAUAGGAGUUUCAAAUUGUGGAAUGGGUAAUGUCACUGUGAUAUAGUUUAAAGGCACACUGUCCUACUUGUAGGUACUUGCUCCCUCUAUAUAGAAAACUUCCCUAAUCGGUGCCUGUUGGUCCCCCAUGUUCCUCUUUUUCUUAUGUUAAAUGAGAGCUGAGUUAAUGAGAUAGCCACCUGUCACAGUGACCUUGCUGGCUCGCUUGGUGGUCUAAUCCCUUCUGGCUGAAGUAGUAAAGCCUGCCUUUAAGACAUCUCUCCUGUUUGUUCCAAAUCAGAAAGUGACUAACUUAUCAUUGUUGAAAAUGAAUGAUGAGGUAUUGAUAUAUUUAGUUCACAACAAAAGGGGCCUCACAGUCAAAUGACUACCCGUAAUUCACCGAUUUGAGAUUGCCAUAUAUGUAUAGUGAUUAUAGCUUUUACAAUUUCAUAACUUUCUUUAUUGUUGUUUGUCUGAUUUUUUUCUUCACAAUUUCACCAAACGGUUUCUCUGAUUUUCUGUACCGGUAUUCUUAAUUUAUUUUUCAUCAGAAAAAUGUUGGAUUGAUCUUUAAAAGAACAUGUACAUUGAAACUCCAGAGUAAGAGGGAUAUAUAUUGCACAAAGUCAUAAUCAACGCGAUUGUAUUUUAAAGUUUUAAUGUAUAGAAAAGUUUGCACAAAUAAAAGAGGUAGGCUUUUUUUUGUAAAAUUGCAAAGAUUUAUUGAUAAGUUGUAGAGGCAUAUUUCUAUCAAUAGCCACAACGUGGUGUAGCUAAUGUAGCUAUUUUGCAUACCAUGUUUUGCGUACAGUAGGGUUAGGGGCAUGUUAGUGACCUCUUUUUAGAAACGUCCCUCUACCACUGAUUAAAUAAUACCUACUAGGCAUGCUCCUCCAAUUUUAUGGUUUUCAAAAAAAUGGAAAGAAAGAAUGGGGAGAGGGGAAGGCACUAAAAAAAAAAAAAACAACGACGAGAUGAUAGGACCUCUUUUAAACUGCCUACCCCCAUUCAGUGAUACUGUUGAUGCAUUUCAUCUCAACCCAGAAAGCCUAGUGCCCCUUCCCCCCCCCCCCCCAAUAAGGCCACUGCUACCGCAAUUCCUGGACCAGUGCUUACAAGAACAGAAAUUGUAAAGAAAGAUAUGAAAAAAGGGCUCUGAAGAAAUGUAUGAGAAAACUAUAUUCUGUACUCUUAUGAACAUUAUGACUAUUAUGGUAAUUCGUAUGUGCAUCGGGAAACAUACAUCUCAAGAAAAUUUAUUAGUGUUUGUAUGACUUACACCAUUGAUGUAUGUAUGUAUGUAUACAUUUAUUUAAUUAAUUCUUUUACAUGCUAGAGCGCCCUAAUGGCAGCACAGCUAAAGCCGGGGUAAUAACCUCCAAGUUUGGAAGCCCUUAGUGAGUGUAAUAAGCGCCAUAUUAUAGUUAAGUAUUAUUAUUUAUUUGUGUGAUAAUUGUAUAUUUGAUAUCAGGAAAGGUCUUUCUCGAAGAAGCAUUUUAAAGCAAAGUGACUCAUAGCGUUGAUCUCUUUGUUCAGAAGAUAUUGUAAAAAUAUAAUAAUUAUAAAAUUUUGAAUGAUAUUGAUGUACAAAACGAUUGAUGCUUGUGUUGUUGAAACUUUUAUGGUCUUUAACAAGCCAACUUAUGAAUGAUACAAAGCAGGUUUGCUAAAUUACUGAUAUAUAUAUAUAUAUAUAUGAAAGAUUUAUGUAUUGCAUCUUUAUUACUUUUCCUAUAUGGUAAUGUAUAAUAUUAUUAAAAGAUAUUGUUAGAAUAAAAUAUUUCUAAAGGCCAUUUGCACAAACUUUGUACCCCAGCUGCAUUAACAAUACAUAUUAAGUGAGAUAUCGCUCAUUUGUGAGCCUUCUUUAAUUAUUUUUUUGUAUAAAUAUAUAUACUUUAAUUUAAACUGUAAUAACCUGCUAAAGUUGUGGUAAAAAUUAUGGAGCACCAUGAGUGUAAAGUCAGACAGACAUGAGCGCUACACAAGAAGCCACUACUUUUUUUAAUUUUUUACUAUCAUCAGUCAACAAAGGCGUUCUAAAGAAAUUCCCCAAAAUGUCUAGCUCUUCAUGGACCAGUACAAUCAUUCCAAGAAAAUAAGAUUACUUUUUAUUGAAUUUCUCUUUUCUAUUUUUAUUAUCAUUUUGAAAAUGUGAAUACUUAUUGAAUGUUGAAUGACAUUUUAAUGGAAAUUCAAAGAAUUAUAAAUGAUUUUACACUGAAA